AUGCGGCCCUUUAUCCUGCAGGGCCACUCCCGGCCCCUCAAUCAAGUCAAAUAUAACCGGGAGGGCGACCUGCUCGUGACCUGCGGCAAGGACAAGACCGUGAACUUGUGGUGGACGGAGGAUGGCCAGCGGGCUGGCACCUUCAAUGGGCACACGGGCGCCGUGUGGACCUCUGACAUUUCCUAUGACAGCACCCGCCUGAUCACGGGCGGGGCCGACAGCGCCGUUAUCCUGUGGGACAUGAACACGGGCGAGGAGCAGCACCACUUCCGGUUCCAGGAGCCGUGCCGCGCGGUCAAGUUUUCCGUCGGCGAGGCCUUCGCCGCGGUGUCCUCCGACCCCUUCAUGCAGGCCGUGUCGGCGGUGCGCAUCCUGCCCAUCGCAGCCGACCCCGCAGAGCAGGGGGAGGAGGCGGUGCAGACGCUGCGAGGCCCCCGUGGCCGCAUCGCACGCGUGGAGUGGACCGAUCAGAACCGGACCCUGAUCACCGCCAGCGAGGACGGCUUCGUGCGCCGCUGGGACGUGGAGACGGGGAAGGAGCUGGCCGCCGAGCACGUGCACGAGAAGAACAUCCAGGACUUGCAGAUGUCGGUGGACGGCACCCACUUCAUCACCGCCUCCGUGGACUGCUCCUCCAAGCUGGUGGACACCCAGACCCUGGCCGUGCUCAAGACCUACCAGUCCAACGUCCCCGUCAACUCCGCAGCCCUCUCACCCGUCUACGACCACGUCAUCUUGGGGGGCGGGCAGGACGCGUCCCAGGUGACCACCACCAGCUCGCGGGCGGGGCGUUUCGAGUCCCGCUUCUUCCACAAGGUGUUCCAAGAGGAGUUUGGUAACGUGCGCGGCCACUUUGGGCCCAUCAACGCCGUCUCCUUCAGCCCCGACGGCACCGGCUUUGCCAGCGGCGGCGAGGAGGGCUACGUCCGGCUGCACAAAUUCGACGCCGACUACUUCACCACCAAGUUCUUCUGA